AGGAGGCAGCCACCAACCAAGCAAGAGCAAAGGACCCAAAAUAUCCAUCCAGUCCGUCCAGGUCGUCAGGUCGGCCAUGGCCAUGGACCCCGCCGACCGCAUCCUGGCUGAUCCCCUCCUCCUCCCCCUCUCCCUCCCAGCGGCGGCCAAGCAGGUUCUCGCCGGCGUCACCGACUACCGCGGCCGACCCGUGACCCGCGGGACCUCGGGGGGAUGGCGAUCCGCGCUCUUCGUAGUGGCCGUGGAGAUCGCCGGCAGCUUCGCCUACUUCGGCAUCUCCGCCAACCUCAUCACCUACCUGACGGGGCCCCUGGGCCAGUCCAACGCCUCCGCCGCCGCCGCCGUCAACGCCUGGUCGGGGACGGCAAGCCUCAUGCCCCUGCUCGGCGCAUUCCUCGCAGACGCAUACCUGGGACGGUACAGAUCAAUCAUCCUCGCAUGCUCACUCUACGUCCUGGGGUAUGGCAUGCUGACUCUGUCCUCCACGGUGCCUGCGCUGCGCCCCUCGCACUUGCGGCCCAGCAGCAGCCAACCACCUCAGCUGCAGCUGCAGGUGGCCUUCUUCUACGUCUCCCUCUACCUCAUCGCCCUCGCCCAGGGCGCCGACAAGCCCUGCGGCCUCGCCUUCGCCGCCGACCAGUUCGACGCCAACCACCCCGUCGAGCGCGCCUCCCGGGCAUCCCUCUUCAACUGGUGGUUCUUCUGCAUGGCCAUCGGCAUCUCCGUCGCCGUCUCCGUGGUCGGAUACAUCCAGGACUACGUUGGAUGGGGCGUCGGCUUCGGAGUCCCCUGCGCCAUCGUGCUCGGCGCUUUCACCGUCUUCCUGCUGGGCACCCCCACCUACCGCCUCUACCAACACAACAGCAAGCCCCAGCAGCAGCAGCAAGACAAGGCCAAGGCCAAGGCGGCGGCCAGCAGCGCGCUCCGCCGGCUUCUCCCCAUCUGGGCCACCAGCCUCGCCUACGGCGUCGUGUACGCGCAGAUCAUGACCCUCUUCAACAAGCAGGGCCGCACCCUGGACCGCCGCAUCGGAUUCGGAGCCAACUGGCAGCUCCCGCCCGCCGCGCUGCAGACGCUCGGCCCCGCCAGCAUCCUGCUCUUCGUCCCCGUCUACGACCGCGCCAUCGUGCCGGCGCUCCGCUGGGCCACCGGCAACCCCUCCGGCCUCACCAUGCUGCAGCGCGUCGGCGCCGGCAUGGCCACGUCCCUGGCCGCGGUGUCCGUCGCCGCGCUCGUGGAGGCGCGCCGCCUCGCCACGGCGCGGGAGCACGGCCUCGUGGACCAGCCGGGGGCCACCGUGCCCAUGACCUGGGCAUGGCUCGUGCCGCAGUACGCCAUGAUGGGGGUGGCCGACGUGCUCGCCGUCGUCGGACUGCAGGAGCUCUUCUACGACCAGAUGCCCGACGGACUACGCAGCCUGGGGCUGGCGCUCUACCUCAGCGUCAUGGGCAUCGGGGGAUUCAUCAGCAGCCUGCUCAUCUCCACCAUCGACGGCAUCACAUCCAGGGGCGGCGGGGACAGCUGGUUCGACGACAACCUCAACCGCGCGCACCUCGACUACUUCUACUGGCUGCUCGCGGGGCUCAGCGCCCUGGAGCUCGCGCUCUACCUAGGAUUCGCAAGAUCCUACGUCUACAACCACGAACACCGGUCCUUCAACACCUAGCUACUAUUAGCUGCUAGUGUCUGUCGUGUCGUGUCGUGUCCUGCAGCCCUGGAACCAUUCAUCGAUCAUCCAUCAACUACUACACCGUCUCUGUGUAUUACUACUGCUUACUAGUACUAUUCGAUGGUUCCAGGGCUGCAGGACAGCUCUGCACACGUACUCCCUCCGUCAAAAGUCAAAAAAACAAGUCAUCCUGUCACGUGGAGUUAGCAUGAUCUGGUUGGAAAAUGCUUGGAUAGAAUUACUAACAAA